AUGUGGGACUACUUUAAGGGCCAGGUGGUGUUUCUCACCGGCACUUCGGGGUUUCUGGGAACAACUCUCGCCUACCGUCUUCUCUCCAGUGCUCCAAUUGCCCACCUCUAUGUGCUUUGCAGAGGCGGGUUGCCACGCCUUUCAACGCUAUGGGCACAACAUCUUCCACCCAGAUAUGUCCAAAUGUUAUGCGAAGGCCCCGUAAGCGUCCUCGAUGGCGAUAUCACGAAGCCCGGCAUGGGCCUAGAUAACGACAUGCUACAGAAGCUUCAGGGGGAACUCACCAUCAUCAUCCACGCUGCUUCAUCAAUCAACCUGGUCCAUCCCCUGAUCAAGCUCUCUGACCCCGUCAUCCGCUCCAGUGAAAGCAUGGCCCGAAUGGGCCUCGCGUGCAGCCAGCUCAAGCGUUUCGUGUACGUUUCGACCGCCUACUCCAACACCUUCCUCUACCAAGAGACCAGUGAGGCGGACGUGCGCGUCGACGAGACCAUCUACCCCCUUGGGCGCGGCUGGUCGACCGAUGUCCGAGACGAGUGGACGCAGGUACAGACAAAGGGCUACUCGAUGGAGUUCAUGUCGCACGACUUCCCCUGGGCCUACGCCUACGCCAAACACCUCACGGAGCGGCUCCUCACGCGCAUGUUCGCCGACGCCAGCCGCCCCGCCCAGCUGCUCAUCCUGCGGCCCUCCAUCGUCGCCCCCGCCCAGCACUUCCCCCAUCCGGGCUUCAGCCUGCCCAAAUCCACGCCGACGACCCUGCUGGCCGCCGGCUUGCUCCUGACACCCUCGCGGCACGUCCGCAUGGCCACCCGGCUGCCGCACCCGGACAUACAGGCCACCAUCGACGAAGUGCCCGUCGACGUCGUCGUCGACCGGCUGCUCGUCCAUCUCGCACGCGGAUCCACCGGCCCUGUACACGCCGUGAGUGGCGCCGCCAAACGGUAUGCCUUCCGAACGUACUGGCAGGAGGCGAUGAAGAUGCGCCGCGUGCCGUGGACGCCGCAGCCAGUGUGGAUGUCGGUGGACUGGCACUCGGGCGCCCUGCACGACAUCGCCCGCAUCUAUGUCAUCGUCGGAACGUCGUACAACUUUUGUCAGCGCAAGACGGACAUACUGUACCGAGAACUGGGGGAGGAGGAACGACUAGGCCUGCAGCUGUAUACAACGGGGUUUGGCAGCCGGCAUGAUCUGGCGGCCAGGUUUCCUCAUGUCCUGUCUCUUGCAGAGCGAAUUUCCAGGCGGUAUUUUCUUGCUUGGGUGAUGUUUUGGCUGUUUUAUGGGUGGUUGUUGUGGGUGUGA